GUUUUCUAUCUUUGUUUCUCUCCCUUUGCUUGCUUUACGCCCUGACCCGGCCGCACUCGCCCACCAUGCUGCCAUAUAUCAAUCUCCUCUUCGACUAUCCCGCAGCUCUCACAGGAGCCUCCGUUGAUGAGUUGAAACUCAUCGCCUCUUUCCUGCUCUCUUACCCGUUGGCGGGGCUGCUGAAGAGAAUCCCCGAUUCCCAGCCCUGGAAAAAGAAUGCAUUCAUCAUCGCGGUGUCGUUAUUCUAUCUCGUGGGCUUGUUUGACCUCUGGGAUGGUCUAAGGACGCUGUCCUACAGUGCGGCCGCUGUAUAUGCCAUUACAUACUAUAUUGACGGGUCGCUGAUGCCGUGGAUUGGAUUCAUCUUCUUGAUGGGUCAUAUGUCCAUCAGCCAUAUCUACCGGCAAAUCCUCGACGACGGUCAGGUGGUCGACAUCACGGGUGCCCAGAUGGUACUCGUCAUGAAGCUUACCUCCUUCUGCUGGAACGUUCAUGAUGGCCGGCUACCUCAGGACCAGCUUUCAGACCCCCAGAAAUAUGCCGCCAUCACGAAAUUCCCGGGCGUUCUGGACUAUCUUGGAUACGUCUUGUUCUUCCCCUCCCUCUUCGGCGGCCCCUCGUUCGAGUAUGUCGAUUAUCGCCGGUGGAUCGAUACCACUCUUUUCGAUGUGCCUCCGGGCACAGACCCAUCAAAGGUGCCUCCGACUCGAAAGAAGCGCAAGAUUCCCCGCAGUGGUACCCCUGCGACUAAGAAAGCUCUGAUGGGAUUGGGGUGGAUAUUGGCUUUCCUGCAACUGGGAUCCGUGUAUAACCAGGAGGUGGUCCUUGGGCGGCAGUUCAUGGAAUACAACUUUAUCCGUCGGGUUUGGAUUCUACACAUGCUCGGUUUUACUGCCCGACUGAAGUACUACGGAGUGUGGUCCCUAACAGAGGGGGCCUGCAUCCUGUCGGGGAUGGGAUACAACGGUUUUGACCCAAAGACGGGUAAGGUUUUCUGGAACCGGUUAGAGAACAUUGAUCCAUGGGCGCUUGAAACGGCUCAGAAUUCCCAUGGCUAUCUCGGGAGCUGGAACAAGAACACCAAUCACUGGCUCCGAAAUUAUGUUUAUCUGCGGGUGACGCCCAAGGGCAAAAAGCCAGGCUUCCGUGCUAGCCUAGCCACCUUUGCGACCAGCGCAUUUUGGCAUGGGUUCUAUCCUGGAUACUAUCUGACCUUCGUUCUGGGAUCAUUCAUUCAAACUGGGGCCAAGAACUUCCGCCGCUAUGUUCGACCUUUUUUCCUUUCUCCAGAUGGUCAAAAGCCAGGCCCAUACAAGCGAUACUAUGAUAUUGUUAGCUGGCUGGUGACGCAGAUCACUCUUUCGUUCACCGUCAUGCCCUUUAUCUUCCUCUCUUUCAAGACCUCUAUCGGUGUCUGGCGAAGUGUGUAUUUCUACGGCAUCAUUGGUAACGCCGCGUCGUUAGCAUUCUUCGCCAGUCCCGCCAAAGGCUACCUCAUCCAAAAGCUCAAAGUCCGCAAUAAGCCUCAGAUGACGCGCACUUCUAGCACCGAAAGCAUGCACCAGCCCACCCUGGGACUCCCAAGCGAUGCGAUACAAGAAUUCGACGAUGCUGUGCAAGAAAUUCGGGCUGAGAUCGAAUCCAGACGGCGGCGCGGAAGUACCGUCAACAUGCCUAUCGGUGAAGAGCUGAAGGCUGCGGUGGAAAGUAAGAUUGGUCGAAAGUUCUAGUGGGCGGCGGGUAUAAGCAGAACAUGCAGAAGAAGAGGGGGGGAAUAAGAGACGAUUAUUGGAGGUUGGCAAUGUUGAUUGACUGCUCAAGAUCAACUUCAGUGUCCUUGGUGAUGCACUUUGGAUGGCUUCCAGUUUUUAAUGUUUGAUAAUAUAGUUGUUCGAAAACCCGAGAGCCUCAGGAGACGAGGCGGUUUUCGUCACGAUGCUACUUUGCUUAAGACACUCGAGUUAUAUAGCUUCAAUAAUGAUUACCAGAGGAAUAUAUGUG